AUUAACGGAUAAAAACCGAAAACAACUCCAAGAACAGAAGCAGCUGACACCUAAAGCUCUCCUCUGUAACUACAAUGGCUCACUUCGUAGACCUAAACAGUCUCACCAACAUUUUACCGUCGAUACCGAAACUACCUCAGAGUCGGAAAACCGGAAAAUCCAGCGGGUUUGUAUGCAGGAAAAGCGGAGAAUUUCAAGAACCGGAUUCGGUACAGCUCACAAGACGGAUGACAUUGGGAUUUGCUGUCUCUAUAGGACUAACUGGCACUUUCGGCAUAAAUAAUACUUCUUUGGCACAAGACAAUGGGUUUUGGAUCGAUGGUCCUCUUCCAAUUCCUCCUAUCUACAACAAUAUAACAAACGAGCAGACGGGAACGAGGUCGUUCUUGAAGAAAGGAGUGUAUGUAGCAGAUAUCGGGACAAAAGGAAGAAUGUAUAGAGUUAAAAAGAAUGCUUUUGAUCUGUUAGCAAUGGAGGAUUUGAUCGGACCAGAUACUUUAAACUACGUUAAGAAGUACUUGAGGCUUAAAUCCACCUUUUUGUUCUACGAUUUCGACAACCUCAUCUCUGUUGCUGCCUCUCAAGACAAGCAACCUCUCACUGAUUUAGCCAACAGGUUGUUCGAUAACUUUGAAAAGCUUGAAGAUGCAGCUAAGACAAAGAACUUAGCUGAGACAGAAUCGUGUUAUAAAGAUACUAAGUUUCUUCUUCAAGAGGUUAUGACCAGAAUGGCGUGAACCCGGUUUGGUUUUCAUUGGAGAUCAUAUCAUGGUUGUCAGCUCUAUUGUCAUUAAAUGUAAUACUGUAUAAGCCAACAAAACAAAUACUGAGAUCUAGUAAAAAACAAAUUGUAAUAUAGACCUACAUAUGAUUCAAGUUUAAAACGAAGAAUUGGAUUUUGAUGUGAAAAUCAA